UGUAAUGCACUUUGUACAUUGUGCUGCAAAGAUGUGAUGGAUAGGUGCUGCCAGUAUAAUCUGAUAUUUUAUCUAGGUGUGUUUGGGUGCAUCUGUGCAGCCGGGUACCAGUAUGGAACGAUAUCACUAGUGGGACAAGCUUUUGUGAACAGGGAGGUUACACUGAAAGCGACACCAUUAAGUCCUUGGGGAUGUGACAUAGAAUGGAAGUACAAAAUGGACGGGGGCACAACAUUCCAAACAAUGCAUGGGCAAAAUAUUAAAAGAUUUUCGGAAGAUGGGUCGUUCUUUUUAAAAUGGACGGCUUCAAUAGAAUACAACAGAUCUAGCUUCUACGCCGGAUGUUCAGCAAACACAACAAUUAGAACACGCAUGGUUUGCUUAGAUGUGACAGUGCAAAGUUAUCCAGUCCUCAGUCCAAAGUAUUCUGACUUCAACACAACGAAAUGCAUUUAUGUUUAUGAUGGAUCCGACUUUUAUUGCAAAACUGAAAACGGAACAGUACCCGUAAAAGUGCUACUUUUACUUGGACAUAAAUCGAUUGUUCUUGCAAAAAGCAAUGGAAACAAAGGGUUGUACCAAAUCCAUAACGUUUCUCAUCAAAUGGAUGGACUCUCAAGACAGAAUGUGACAUGUCAGGUGUUUAAUGCAGCCGUUGAAACACCCUACGAAGUGCAUGGCAUUCUAUGUAACGUGGAGAAAGGUAACCGGCCCAUGCUAACAGUUCCUGAAGUCCUUGACGGAGAAAGCUCGACAACAAUGUGUGAAGUGCGCGAUGCUAUCCCAGCUCCGUUAAUAGAAAUACGUGUUGGCAAAGUCUUGCUAUCUAAUGUUCAGCAAACCGAUUCAUUUAAUGAAUCUUCCCAUACGUUUACUAGCAUAGCAACGGCGACAACGACUAACGGGGAUUGGAAUGGAAAAGAAAUAUGCUGCGAUAGGAAAAGCAAAGAUGAUUUUAGUUUUAAAGAUGUUUCAGUAUGCAAAAACAUCAGCACCAGAUAUCCACCGACGGACCUUUCGAUGUCCGUGAACACAAUACAUGAAUAUAACAACAAUGUUUCUGCCUGUUUCUUUAAUAUUUCUUGUAAAACGGAUGAAUCAAAUCCGCCUUGCAAAAUUAAAUGGUCAAGCGACAUCGAUAGUUUGAUAUACGUUCAUAGAAACGAUUGGACGAAUGGUGAAAGUGGUAGUUACAGUUCUAUUUCCAACGUGCGUUACAAUGUAACUGAAGACAUGGCUGGGGGAACUAUUACAUGUUCAACAAGAUGCGAUCAUUUCCAAUUUCCUUUAAACAAAAACUAUAAGAUAUCGUUUUCUGAUGUUUCGACUCUGUAUUUGAAUACGACAUCGCCUGUUGUUUUAAAUCCAAAUAUUACAGUGACCGUCAAAUGUUUCGUUGAUGACCUGAAUAAUUCAGGGCAAUGGAAUCUUUGGUGGGAAGAUGAAAAUAGCACUGAAAUAGAGGCUUGUAUCAAAGCAGAGGAAUGUCUGUUAACACUGAAUUAUACAGGAGAUGGUGAUAAGACGUACAUAUGCAACACUUGGAAACCAAAUGAGCUUCUGAGAAAUUCCUUGACAGUUUCAAGCUCAAGGACAGAUGGUAGUCAAUCCAAUGUAAAUGACAUUCAGACAUUUCCUUCAACAUUCCGAGUUCCUGUCAACGAUGUGUUAAUUGGAACAGGCGUUUUCUGUGGACUCUGCAUUAUGUCUGUAAUCGGAAGAUGUGUUUUUCUUAAACGACGAAAGGUCAACGAAAUCCACACAAUAGAAAUUCUUGAAAACCACAGCGACACCUCGUCGGACAAUGGAGUGCUACACAUAACAACGGAAGGAGUCCAGUACGCAGUCGUGCAGAGGCUGGCGACCACACAGAGGAUUGAACCGCAGCAAUCACAUAAUGACGACAGCCUAACGUACGCCGAGUUGGACAUGAAGUUCCUACAGGUAGCUAACACCAGAGUACCGUCAAGGAGAAAGAAUAGGCCGACGGAGUAUGCUGACAUUGAGUUCUUCUUAACAAAGGAACCUGCUGUAGAAGAUCCUGUGUACCAAAAUGCAUCAGCGUCAGACCAAGACAUCUAACCCGAAAUACUGCCUUUAACAUAGUUGAACCCCGUUGGCUCGAAUUCCUCCAUGGCUAAAACUGAAUGUAAAGGACCGAUUUCUUUAUAUUGAAGAUAAAUAUUCCCGCUUGGCUCGAAAUUUCCGAGGCUAGAGAUUUUCUCGCCGAUCCCUGUGAGUUCGAGCUAACGAGGUUCGACUGUAGUAGUGUUUAUAGUUUGUACGUCUUCUUUUGUACUGUAUAUUGAAACAUUGAAACUGGGAGUAAUUUUCUCAUUAUUGGUCCUAGAUUGAAAUGAAUAUUGUUGAAACAAAAACCUUAUAAUCAAAAACAAGAUUAGAAUAUUUAAAUUUAUUAUUAUUAUUUAUUAUGAAACAUGUGGCUUUUAAGUGAUCUUACCAGUAAUGUAUAUAAUAAAAGGGUUAUUAGUACUGCGUUUUGAUCCGGAAUUCGUAUUCAACUCUCGUGGAAUUUUGCAGAUUUUGAUUUCAGUCGGCUUGCGCAAAAAUCCACUCGAGUUGAAUACAACCUCCCGGAUCAAAACGCAGUACUAAUAACCCUAUUGUAUCAUUAGGUUGGGAUAGAGACUGUCAAAUAAACAAUAAAUUAAUUCGGCACUGAGAUUGGGCUUGCAACCAAGAACGAUUUUUUGUCUUUGUGUGGUCAGUGAUCGUUAGCUCAUACUCUUAUAAAUAUAAAUUUGACACCAGAUUGUCAUAAAAUCGGUUAAUAAAGUAUUUUCUCAAAACCAGCCUAGAAUUAUCAAUACUUACUAGUAUGUUACACGAUUUAAAGAAUAAACGCAACAAUCAUGUCGCUGUCUCAGCCAGCUUUCCAGCCAUACUAUUAAGGGAUACUUAUGAUGAAUGUAUGGUAUUUUAGAAAUUCACUUUGACCAAUAUUGUAAAUUCUUGUUAAAUAAAGAAGUAAAAAAGUCAUAAUCAUACAAAUGAUAAAUAUGUUUACACCCUUGUCAGACCAGCAUUUAACAAACUGCUUUGUUGUUGUUUAUUUUCAUUUUGCUGUUUUUUUCCCGUAGGAUUUCUUUUGAUAUUAUCGCAGCAUCGUUUUUUGUAUUGCUUUAUGAUGCCAAUGAUUGUAUUUAUUUUGUCUUUAGGGAAAGGUUUAUUGGUGGGGUCGAUAUUGCUUUUGAAAAAACAAGCCUUCUCCAACAUGUUUUACAUUGACAGUUUGAUCCAUCUGAUUGAUUGUUUAAGAUAGUC